AUGUCCAUCCUUCUCCAACACGCCACUAUUAUUGUCCCCGCGACGGGGAGUGAUGAAUUUUCCAUCCUCCGCGAUCACUCCUUGUUGAUUGAGGACAGCAAGAUCUCUCAUAUUGCUGCGCAGAUCGACCCACCAUCUGAAACCACCGAGGUUAUUGACUGCACCGGCAAGAUCGUAUCUCCAGGCUUCGUUGACACUCACCACCAUCUCUGGGGAACACAGUUGAAGGGCCGCCAUGCCAACGACACAAUGCUAGACUUUAUGUUCAAAGGCGUUCUCCAAAGUUCCAACUUCACUGCAAACGAUGUCUUCUGGGGUCAGCUCGGAGGUUGUCUAGAGGCUCUUGAUGCCGGCACAACCACAGUUGUCGACCACGCGCACGCAAUUUACUCUCCAGAGCAUGGAUCUAAUGCACUCUCAGCAACGGUAUCGUCGGGUAUCCGCUCAGUCUUUUGCUACGCACCUGUAUCCCGCGUGACGGGCUGGCAGCCACUCGCCUUUGACUGGGAGAUGCUUCCCGACUGGCUAGUUAACCAGCUUGAAGAACUGGCACGUGCUGGACCCUACGGUGAGGGCCGCGUAAACAUCGGUCUUGGUUUUGAUGCUCUCUAUAUCCCCAAGGAGUCUGUUGUUAGCCUGUUUGAACGGGCGCGUGCCGCCGGUGUCAAGCUCAUUACUAUGCACUACGCUCGAGGACCCAUCUUUGGCCAGUUCUCGGUUGUCGAUACUCUGUCGUCGUACGGACUCCUGGGGCCAGAUCUGCUCUUUGCCAACGCGAUAGGCGCGUCCGCAUCAGACGCCGAGAUCAUGGCCAAAGAGGGUAUUGCAAUCUCAUCUACUCCUGAGAGUGAGUUGCAGAUGGGACUGGGAAAACCAGUGUGGAACCGUGACGACUUGAAGACACUGAGCUCGCUCGGCAGCGACAGCCAGACGGUCAACUCAACCGAUCUCUUAACACAGAUGCGUAUCGCACUGCAGACAGAGCGCGGCCGCAAUAACGAGGCUUUGCUCGACCAGGGCAAGGCGCCCAAGAAGCUGAGCGUCACGGCAGCCGAUGUCUUCCGUCUUGCUACCAUACAGGGCGCGCGCGCCAUCCGGUUGCAGGACCGUAUUGGCUCCCUCGAACAGGGCAAGCAGGCAGACAUUGUCAUCUUCGGCACCCAGAGUCCCGCGAUGACUUGCGCGGCCGAGCACGACCCUAUUGCUGCCAUUGUGCUUCAUGCUUCAGUGCGCGAUAUCGAGACCGUAAUCGUCGAUGGACACAUCCGCAAGCGCGACGGCCGUCUGACUGCGCUAGCUGUCGAUGAGGCCAUUGCCGGUAUUGGGAAGAGCAACGUCGAAUGGAAGGAUGUCGCCGCCCAAUUGCUGCGUACUCGCGAGCGCAUCAAUGCCGGGACCGAAAAGAUCGAUUACGAGGCAGCUGCCCAAGCUUUUAUGGCCAUCACCGGUAUUGACAGCAACAAUCUUGUGUGA